AGCCUGGGGGCUGGCUGGGCACACACUGCCUGCAGCUGGGCUCCUAGAGAACCCACUACUGCUUGGUGUGCAUCUGCUUCCUGCGCUGCUGGGACAGUCUGCUCUGCUUUCUGCCUCCUCCAAGCCCCCCCCCAGAGCUGUGCGAGAGCUACACUUUGUCCUUGUAGCAGAGCUGCCUCAUGCCCUCAUGUCCCUGUGCAUCUCCAGUUUCUGCCUCAUGUGCUCUCCAGGUUCCCAUCUCCUUUCUCCUGGAGAGAAAGUGAAUGCAAACCCCUUCCAUACAUAGGCCCAAAGCAGAGCAGAGUGGGUAUCCAUGCUCCCGCUGCUCCUUCCUCACAGCUCCCUUUGCCAGCCCAUGGAGCAGCCUUUCUCAGGAGGUGGCUUCCUCCGUAUCCUCCCACUGCCUCAGAGGUGAUUCCUCCCUCUGGGAGCCACAAAGGAUCCUUAAAUCCACAUCUUAAUAGCCCAGCAGAGGCAGGACAAGGGAGUGCAGCAUGGGAAACAUGGUCAGAGGUCCACCCAGAUGCUUUCCCUCACCUCCCCAAGCAGAGAGAUCCCAGAUCUCUGUGUCCUGAAGCAUCUGAGGGCACAGAGCAAAGCAAGCACAGCUCUACCUUACACACAGGAGUGGGCGGGCAGUCCCCCAGGGAUGUGCUCAAGGAAGCAGCACAGCGCCUGUUCCUACCUGUAGGCCAACCCCCACUUGCAGGCCCUGACCUCUGCCCUGUGCUGCCCAGAGCACUGAGACCCUAUCAACACCUGGGUGGAGCAGAGCAAGGAAGGGAUGAGCCGAGCCGAGCCCUGCUCCUGGCUUAUUUGGAGGUCACUGGGAUCUUGCGGACAUGGGAUGGCAGCUGUUGGCUGAAAAGCGGCCGCAUUCCCUGGCCCAGGAGCUGUAAGCAGCACCCCCAUAUGGUCCUGAGCACCACUCCUCCUUGCCCACCAGUGUCACAGCUCCGGGUGCCCGGUGGGCUGCACCCUCAGGGAGAGGUGUGAGAGGGGCUGUGACGGUGCAGGGCUGCAGCUCUGGGGGCUCACCAUGCUGUGCAGGGCUGGGGCCAGCAGGGCUCCGGCGCGUGGUUACAAAGGCCAAGGAAGGAAAAAGGAAGCAAAACUUUGAUUGACUUUCACUUUUCCGUUUUGACAAGCAGCAGCUGCUGGAGCUGUUCGGUGGGCCAGGGGCUGAGGGCUGAUGGCAGACCAGGAACUGCUGAGAGUGCGCGCCGACUUUGUGAGCCGCGUGAGGAAGGCUGUGGUCUCCAAUCUCCUGGACGAGCUGCUGGCCCACAAGGUGCUGAACCAGGCAGAAGUGGACGAGGUGCAGGAGGGCAACCCAGUGACAACCGACAAGGCCCGCAGCCUCAUAGACACCGUACGCCUGAAGGGCCCUAGGGCCAGCGCCAUCUUCAUUGACAGCCUCAGGAAGCACGACAGCAACUUGGCGGAGCAGCUGAGACUGGGUGCUGGUGCAGGUGAGAGGCAGGGUCAUGGCCUGCCCCGGCCAUGCUUGGGCUCCCAGCGCCUCCCACGGGGUGCUGGAGGGAAGCCCAGCCCUGCCCUGCCCGCUGGCCCAGGCCCGAAGAUGUGGGGCACUCAGGAAUUCCCAGUGUCACUGCUCAGGUUGCUGUCCCCUGUGGGACAUCCGCUAUGGGGCAGACAGGCUCUGCUCGCUGCCCUAUGCACUGUGACAGCCCCCUCUUGUCCUUUCCAGUGUAACCGCCUUUGUGCUUGCAGAGCCUCCCAGUGCACAGGAUGCCAGACUCAAUUCUGGAACAUUCCGAAGAACUGAGCUCCUCCCUGGGAGGCAGGGGGGGCGAGGCAAACACAUAAAAGGCAAAGGAAUGAUGCAACAUUUCUGGAUCCAAGAGUGGUGGCUCUCUCUUUUCUAUCUUUGUCUCUUUCUCUCUCAAGUCAUAUGAGAAUGUAAUGCAAGGCAUAUAAUCAUAGCUUACUGCUAAUAGUGUAUUUCUUAGCAUUUCUUAGGUAUUUCUUUGUAGCACCAAUAAUUACGUUUCUCAGGCAAAUAUGAAGCUACCCUUUGAUUGAAUAAAAUUGUUAACCAGUU